AUGAUCAGCUGGAAGUACACAAAUGCGUGGUUAGUUGGCAACCUCCUAUGCAAAGUUCUUCUUGUUAUGCGAGCUUUUGGACUCUAUCUGUCGUCGAAUGUUUUAGUCUGCAUAUCCAUAGAUAGAUUUUUUGCUGUGCUGUAUCCAUUGAAGCUAUCGGUGGCGAGGAAGAGAAGCAAGCAGAUGCUGUAUGGAGCUUGGGCGGUCGCUUUGGGCUGUAGCUUGCCACAGAGCGCUGUUUUCCGAGUGAAGCAUCAUCCAUAUGUCGUGGGGUUUGAGCAGUGCGUCUCAUUUGACGCAUUUGCGAGCGUCCGCCUUGAAGUCGCCUACAACGUCUUCUGUUUGUGCGCAAUGUACUUUGUGCCUUUGAUGAUCAUCACUGUGUGCUAUGUGUGCAUAUUCUGCGAGAUAAGAAGAAGCAGUAAUGAGCUCACUGAGAAAUGUGUGCAUAAUGUGAGUACGGUUCAAUUACGGCGAUCUGACAGGCGAGUGUUGGAAAGGGCACGACGUCGCACCCUACGCAUGACCGUUAUUAUAGUUACGGUGUUCGCGCUCUGCUGGCUACCCUACGCCACCAUGACCAUGUGGUACAUGGUAGAUCGAGAUUCAGCAUCCCGGAUAUCACCUCAAGUCCAAGAUUUGUUAUUUGCGAUGGCAGUCUCCAAUUCUUGUAUGAACCCACUAGUAUACGGAUCAUAUGCACUGCGCCUAAGUGGUAUGAUUCAGAAGAUUUUCAAGAGCUCCUGCUGUUGGUCUAAUGCUGCUUCAGAUAGUGCUGGCGCUAGUAGUCUCGGUGGUCUAGUGGCUAGCAUGUACAGCAGUAGAUCCAAAGGUCCUGGGUCAAAUUCGAAGUCAGGCCAAAUUGUAAUUAUUGUGUUUUACUUUUCUCAGAAACGGCUUGGAGUUGAGAAU